UCUUUCAGCCUUUACGUACAAUCCUGAAGCCCCGCUUCUAAAACCCCUUCUUUCACCGACUUUACAAAAUUUUGUUUUCAAUCAAUCAAGAAACAUAAUAUUGUUAACUGCUACUGAAAUUCAAGGUCAGUUUUUCCCCUUUUUUUUAUUUACCUUUUUACUUCACAUAUUUUCUUUUUUUGCAGCCGCGGUAAUUUUAUCAUUCUCACAUAUAUCCAACAAAAGAGGUGGAAGUUGUUUAAAUGGCAAUCGACGGGAGUUUUCGUAUCGAGAAAGAGCUUGAAAGGUUUCUUCUUCGGUGUCCUAAGCUUGCCGUUAUUCCUAAGUUGAGUAACUUACUCAAAAAGGGUAAAGGAUUGACAGAGGUGGAGUUGAUUGAUGGAGUAGCAGAGUUGUUUUUACAUCCUCGUUACACGAUUCCGUUAGUGGGAUGUUUCCGUCCGAUAGUGCGGAAGAUUGUUGAUAAGGCUGUGGCGUUGUUGCGUGUGCAUGAUUUGAAGUCCAACAAUUCUAAUGAGAUGUUGGAUUUUGAUGAAGGAGUAUUGUUUACGGAGAGUGAAAGUUCAGAGGAUGAAGAAAUAAUAGAUCUUGUUGAUAGAUAUGUCAACUGUGAGAGAGGUUUGAGGCUUCACGAGCUUUCGUGUUUAGCGUUAUCAAGAGCGCUUGAUUUGGUUCCUCAUCUAUCCGGGUGUGUAAGGGAUUACUUUGAAUUUGCACCACCUCCAUUUAUAAGGGUUAUGAAGAAGGGGCUAGUGGCUCAGUCAUCAUUGCAGGAGCGAGUACAUCUGUUAGAUGCUGUGCGUGUAUCAUAUCGCCUCCUUUUAGCAGAAACCGAUGUUUUUUCUAGGUUAUGGGAUUGGUCUCGUUUUUUGGACUUUGUACACGAGAUCACUACUUUUGAUGGUGGAAAUGCAGACCUUUUGAUGGACAUAAGAUGGUGUGCGGCUCAAAUAUUAACAGUGGUUUUGAAGAUGAAUGACGGUUUUGUACGGAAAAAUAGGACAAGUGACAUGGUGACUUCAGACUUUGGAUUUGAUGAUGAAGAAGCAUUUGGGUGUUUAUUGCGGUGGAAAGAAUUUCUUCAAGACGUCAUGUUGGAGAAGGCUGGCUGGUAUCUUGAACCCUUUAGGGAAAGCACAUCGGGUCCUUCCGAUGUAAAUUUAGAUCACGAUAAAUACUCAUCCAUUUUGGGUAUCGAGGCACUAAGUUGGGACAACAUGGAGGAGACAUGGGAUAUACCUAAAAUUGGAAGACCUUUUGUUAUAACAUCUGCCGUGAAGAAAAGUUUUGAGAUGGUUCUGUUGGCAGUGAGUCAGAGGUGGCCUGUUCUUCUCUAUGGUCCAGCUGGUGCAGGCAAAACUGCUCUCAUUAGCAGGUUAGCGCUGGGUCAUGGAAGUCAAGUUUUAUCUAUUCACAUGGAUGAGCAAAUUGAUGGAAAAACACUAAUUGGGAGCUAUGUAUGUGCUGAACAACCUGGUGAAUUUAGGUGGCAGCCUGGUUCCCUUACUCAGGCUAUCAUUAAUGGACUUUGGGUUGUAUUUGAGGACAUUGAUAAAGCUCCUGCAGAUGUACAAUCUAUUCUGUUACCGUUGCUAGAGGGUUCUAGUUCAUUUUUAACUGGCCAUGGGGAGGCAAUAAGGGUCAGCGAAAGCUUUCGCCUUUUUUCCACAGUAUCGAGCUCAAGGCUAGACACAUCCACUGUGACAACAGCUAGGAACUCCCUUGGCUCACUAUGGAGGAGAGUAAUGGUUGGUCCUCCAAGUAGUAGUGACUUGCUAAGUAUCGUGAAAGCCUGGUACCCGGAGUUGGAAUCUCUUGGUGGAAAACUCAUAGGUAUUACCGAUUUAAUGUUGUUUGAAAUGGUUCAUCAAACCUUCGAAGAAGUUAACAAAGUUGCAUCUCAAACUGGAACAUCUGUCACCAUUUCAUCUGCUGACAGGUUUUCAUUGAGGCAUCUUUUGAAGUGGUGCAAGCGAAUUUCUGGUUUGGGUUUUCAUAUUGCGGAUGAUAAUCCUUCAUAUUAUGUAGCUAAGGGCAUCCAUCAAGAGGCUGUGGAUGUCUUUGCAACUUCUUCAAGCUCAGUGGAUAUGCAAUCGAGAAUUUUGAGAGAGUUGGCUAUAAUUUGGAAGAUACCAACUUCAACUGCCAAAACUUUAUGCCCCGAUGAUAAACCUGUUGUUCAGAGCUUGGGGUCUGGUAUACGUAUUGGACGAGCAUCUCUUAAGUGCAUCGGAAAAAGAAAACCUGUAUCUCACGAGAUCAAGUCGUUCGUUGAGAUUCGUACUUCACUGCAUGCCCUUGAAAGGGUGGCUGUAUCUGUUUAUUGUAAUGAACCUGUUCUUUUGGUGGGUGAAACUGGUACCGGUAAGACAACAUUGGUGCAGAAUUUGGCUGCAAGGCUUGGUCAGAAACUUACAGUUUUGAACUUGAGCCAGCAAAGUGAUAUUGCAGACCUGUUGGGAGGUUUUAAGCCUAUGAAUCCACAAUUCUUAUGCCUUUCUCUAUAUGAUAAGUUUGAAAAACUCUUUAGCCGUACUUUCUCUUUAAAGAAUAAUGAGACUUUCCUUGCCAACUUAAGAAAGUCUGCUAGUGAUAAAAAUUGGAAGAGGUUAUGUAGUGGUCUUCAGAAGGGUGUCCGUAAAGUGGUUGAAAUUGGAAAACAACACAAAACUGGUGAAAAAAGAAAACGGUCUUUAGGUGAUGAGUUAGUAAAAGAAUGGGACAUGUUAUCUUCAAGAAUUGAUACAGCUCAAGCACAAAUGAGUGCUUCGGACGGGAUGGUAUUUACGUUUGUAGAGGGAGUUUUUAUAUCGGCUUUAAAAGAAGGUCAUUGGAUAUUACUGGAUGAGGUUAAUUUAGCACCGCCUGAAACUCUUCAGAGAGUUAUCGGUGUUCUUGAAGAUGAAGGUGGGUCCCUUUGCUUAGCAGAAAGAGGAGAUGUGAGCUAUAUAUCUCGGCACCCUGACUUCCGGAUAUUUGCUUGUAUGAAUCCAGCAACUGAUGCCGGUAAACGAGAUCUUCCGUUGUCGUUAAGAAGUCGAUUUACUGAAUAUUUUAUGAAUGAUGUUUUGGAAGAUGAAGAUCUGAUUCUUUUUAUUAAUAAAUUUAUGGAGGCAGACCCUUCAAUUAAAGAAACAACUAGUAAAGUCCUGAAGUUUUAUAAAAUUGCAAAGAAGGAAGCUGAUGAGAGUCUCCAGGAUGGGGCUAAUCAAAAGCCGCAGUACAGUUUAAGGUCUCUUUAUCGUGCCUUAGAAUAUACAAAAAAGGCAAGACAACCAUUUGGAUUUCUGAAGGCUGUUUAUGAUGGAUUUUCGAUGUUUUUUCUUACUAUGUUAGAUCCUCCCAGUGCCAAGUUAAUGGACACAUCAAUUGUGAAAUACCUACUUGAUGGAAAAGUGGCCCCACAUGUCACAUUCCAUGAGUAUCUUGUGAAAAAGUGGCCUGGCAUGUCACUUUCCAAAUCUAAUGAUUUUGUAGACAACUAUGUUUUGACUGAAAGUGUUAAGUGGCAACUUAGCAACUUGGCACGAGCUCUAUUUGUAGGAAAAUAUCCAGUUCUUUUGCAGGGGCCUACAUCUAGUGGAAAGACUAGUCUUGUUCAGUAUCUUGCUGCAAUAACUGGCAAUGAAUUUGUUCGCAUUAAUAACCAUGAACACACAGAUCUUCAAGAAUACUUGGGUUCUUACAUAACUGACGCCACUGGAAAACUGGUUUUUCAAGAAGGGGUGUUGGUUAAGGCAGUUAGGCAUGGGUAUUGGAUCGUUCUUGAUGAGCUUAAUUUGGCCCCAUCUGAUGUUUUAGAAGCAUUAAAUAGGUUGCUUGAUGAUAAUCGUGAACUUUUUGUGCCUGAAUUAUGUGAAACUAUCCGUGCACAUUCGAAUUUUAUGCUGUUUGCUACUCAAAAUCCACCAACUUUUUAUGGUGGGCGCAAGAUGCUUUCUAGAGCAUUCCGGAAUCGAUUUGUGGAGAUUCAUGUGGAUGAAAUCCCACAAAAUGAACUGAUCACAAUUUUGGAGAAACGUUGCAAAAUAGCUCCUACCUAUGCGAAGAAAAUGAUUGAUGUCAUGAAAGAUUUGCAACUACAUAGGCAGAGCAGUAAAGUUUUUGCUGGAAAGCACGGGUUUAUCACCCCUCGAGAUUUGUUUCGGUGGGCAGAUAGGUAUAGGAUGUUUGGAAAAUCGUAUAAAGAUUUAGGACGUGAUGGGUAUUAUUUGUUAGCAGAAAGACUCCGUGAUGAUAAAGAGAAAAAAGUAGUUCUUGAAAUUCUGGAAAAACAUUUGAGAAUUGAACUUCCUAGCAGUAGUAUGUACAAGGAGGAAAACAUAGAUGGGGAUGCAGCUAUGGACUUGGGAAAAUUGUUGGCUGCUUCCGGGGAUCUUAAAGAUGUGGUUUGGACCGACAGUAUGUGGCGGUUGUACUUCCUUGUAGCUCGCUGUUACAUUUUACGUGAACCUGUACUUCUCGUUGGAGAGACUGGUGGUGGGAAGACUACUGUGUGUCAGCUACUGAGUUUUGCAUUGAAAUCCAAAUUACAUAUUCUGAAUUGCCAUCAAUACACAGAGACUUCUGAUUUUCUUGGGGGAUUUUAUCCAGUUCGUGAAAGAUCAAAACUUGCUUCUGACUUUAAAAGUCUGUGCGAGAAUUUGCUGCAGUCAAAAGCGUUUAAAAACUUUCCUUGUGAUGGUACUAUUUCUUUGGACAUUAAUCAAGCUUCAACUACACUUGAUCAAGUGACUAAGAUGAUACAGUAUUACCAAGAAGGCCAGUUUCCUUCCGAGGUCACCCCAAAUGAAGUUGACUGUGUAAAAAAAAUCAGCCAAAAGCUAUCUCACACUUACCAAAAGUGGUGCACGAUUUUUAACUGGCAAGAUGGUCCCCUAGUUCAAGCAAUGAAGACCGGUGAUAUGUUUCUUGUGGAUGAAAUUUCAUUGGCUGAUGAUAGUGUUCUUGAAAGAUUGAAUAGUGUGUUGGAACCAGAGAGAAAAUUGUCUUUGGCAGAAAAAGGGGGCCCCGAUCUUGAGAAAAUAACAGCAAAUGAAAAGUUUUUCAUACUUGCUACUAUGAAUCCUGGGGGUGAUUAUGGUAAAAAGGAAUUAUCUCCAGCACUCCGCAAUAGGUUUACAGAAAUAUGGGUACCCCCUGUGAGCGAGUUGAAGGAGCUGGAAAGUAUAGCAUUAAAGAAGAUAUCUGGUCCUGAACUCUCUGCUGUGGCGAAUGUUAUGAUAAUUUUCUGGGAGUGGUUUAACGGGUUACAAACGGGAAGAGUGCUUACCGUGAGAGAUCUUUUGUCAUGGAUAGAUUUUAUCAAUGUGACUGAUACAAGUUUAGGUCCGGAGAAGAAGUUGGUGCAUGGUGCCUUUCUUGUCUUACUUGAUGGACUAAGCUUAGGUUCAGGAAUUUCCAGAAUUGAGGCAAACGUCUUGAGGGAAAAUUGCCAGUCAUUUCUUAUGUCGCAAUUGGAGAAAAGCAGAUUGAGCUUGAAUCAGGCAAAACUUUUGGCGACCGAAAAUUAUGGUUGGUCUGAUCUUCCAAGGUCUGACGAGGCCAUGUCUAGUAAUGGUAUGGAGGUGGACAGCUCCUUUGGAAUUCAUCCAUUUUAUAUUGAGAAAGGUAAUAGGCGUCUAGAGGCUGAAGGGUUUGAUUUUCUGGCACCAACCACCCGCAGAAAUUCAUUACGUGUACUGCGGGCCAUGCAGCUUAAAAAGCCUGUUUUGUUGGAAGGAAGUCCAGGUGUUGGAAAGACAAGUCUAGUGCUUGCUCUUGGAAAAUUUUCUGGGCAUUCUGUUGUAAGAAUAAACUUAUCAGAGCAGACUGACAUCAUGGACUUACUGGGAUCUGACUUGCCCAUUGAAAGUGAUGAAGGAAUGCAGUUUGCUUGGUCUGAUGGUAUCCUGCUGCAGGCUCUGAAGAAUGGAUCUUGGGUUUUGCUGGAUGAACUUAAUCUUGCUCCUCAAUCUGUGUUGGAGGUAUGA